UCAGACUUCAGACUUCAGACAUCUUCAUAGUCUUUCUCAGACAAAGGUCAAAACUGAAAGCUCAAAAAUCCUUAACACAAAACAGUGAAACACAGCUUACCUUUCUAAAUCAGAAGAUCCCCAAAUUGAGAUUCCUCAAAAAUCUGUCAUGGGAUUUUAAAUCUUAGUUGUCCAAAACCCUCUCAGAUCCAAACACCCAAAAUAUAAUAUAAGAUCCAUCCGAAAUCCACGCGUGUGCUAUAAUGGCCAAACGCUGAAUCUAGUCACCUAAAAACCCAAGUCCAAGGCUUCUACAAAUGGCGAAUAGUCCACACAGAGGCAAGUUUUUCUUACUCUAUUUGCUUUUCAUUUUCACUUCUGUUUCACUAUUGGUAAGCUCUAGCUCUAGCUCUCUCUCAAUCCAACACGAGCACGAACAUGAUUCUUGUGCUGCACCCAGCACAGAACUUACUAGUAAAUUCAAUGAGCAACAAGUUUUAUUGCACCAGCUUGAGGAUUUAGUGAGAAACCUUAGUGAAAUAGUUACUAAAUUAGAAUCGAAAUUGUCGGAGUCUCCGAAGGUGGCAUAUACGGAUAAGAGGCACAAUCUAGAUAAUGAAAAGGCUAAAAGGGGUAAAAGGGUAGGUAAGGAUUUAGAGGAAGACGAAUUGGGAGGUGAAAAUCGAGAGGGAGAGGGAGAGAAAGCGAGGGCGGUUUCUGUAACCAAGUUUAGCCCAUUUUGGUCUGAGAGGUUUCAGUUUGUGUCGGCUGUGAAAUUGGACUCGGAUGCUACUUGUAUUCAUGUGUUGCCGUUUCGGGAUUUCGAGGGGCUUAGUAAGUAUGUUGCAGUUGGGGAUGAGAGAGGGAGGGUUUAUGUGUUCUUGAGAAAUGGGGAUGUUUUGGUCGAGUUUUAUACGAGGUCAGAUUCGCCUAUUACAUCCAUGCUUUCGUACAUGUCAGUUUAUAAGAAUGAGAGUGUUGUGGUGACGGGGCAUAAGAAUGGUGUGAUCUUGAUGCAUCGGAUUUGGGAGGUGUCGAAUGGAGAUGAACUGAGUUCACUGUUCAUGGAAAAUGGGGGCAAGAUCGUGUCAACUGAAAAUGGGGAAGAUGGGCUUCCGAUCAACAUCUUGAAAGUGCAUCAUGUUGGGAGGAUGAGGUAUAUUUUGUCUGUGGAUGGUAGUGGAAGGAUUAGGGUUUUAACAGAAAAUGGAACUGUUUUUGGUUCAACCAUGCCAGCAAGCAAGCCACUUGCGUUCUUAAAGCAACGACUUUUGUUUUUGACAGAGAGUGGUGCAGGGUCGUUGGAUUUGAGGAGCAUGAAAGUUAAGGAGUCUGAGUGUGAAGGCUUGAACCAUUCUCUUGCACGGUAUUAUGUUUUUGAUGCCACUGAAAGGUCUAAAGCAUAUGGCUUUACCUCAGAAGGUGAUUUGAUUCAUGUGUUGCUCUUGGGGGAUAUAAUGAACUUCAAAUGCAGGGUUAGAUCCAAGAGAAAAAUGGACAUUGAUGAGCCUCUCGCAUUUCAGGCAAUUAGGGGGUUUUUGCUUAUUGUUAGUGAGGAGAGGGUCUUUGUGUAUAAUGUUUCAUCUCAUCAUUAUGUUAGGGUUGGUGCACCUCGGCUUCUUUUUUCUGCUGGUCUGGAUGAUAUCAGAUCAUCUUUUCUAAGUAAUCAAGCAGUGGAUGUGGAUGCUGAGAGAAGAACAGUGAUACCCUUAGUAGCCAGUGAUCGUGAAAAGCUUGUUGUUCUCGGCCUCGGAAGUGGGUACGUGGGAAUGUAUCGUUCUAACCUUCCAAUAUUUAAAGGGGAGUUUAAUACAAUUGUAUGGACCAGCCCUGUGUUAUUCUUCAUACUUUUUCUAUUUGGGGCUUGGCAAUUUUUUGCUAAGAAAAAGGAAGCACUGACUUCAUGGGGGCCAGAUGAUCCUUUUAGCUCCACAUCAGCCACGACUGGAGCUCCAUUAGGAACUGGUUCUGGGGACAGAUCUUUUGUAGACUCUUCUUCUAGAGGUUCUGAUAUGAUGGAUCUUAGAAGUAGUGGUCUAAGAGGUCCAUCGAGAAGGUAUAUUUCUCCCACUCGUUAUCCUGGUGGAGCGACUAAUUCCUUUAGACCGUCUUCUGCAGAUCAUAACUCUCGACCAGCUUCUGUUGACCCAAAUUUCAGAGCAACUUCAGAGUUAAAAUUCAGGGGUUCAGCUUUAGAAUCUUCUGGUUUUCCAAAAAGAAGGGAGAGUCUGUUUGUAAGCAAUCAAGUUGUAGAUGAUAACAAUUGACUUCUUGAAUCAAUUGCAUGAACUUUUGCUUCAGAAGUCUCAGAGUUCCUUCAGAUUUUAUCCUUAGGACCGUUCAUUUUGGCAUCUGCAGGGGCUGUUCAAACUGGCAAUAUCUGUAACUUGCAACUUUGUAACUUCUUGUAGCUCAAGGAAAUAAUGAAAAAAAGUUUUAGCAUUUUUUUUAUAAAAAAAUUCCUUUAUUUUGUUUGUUGUAGAAAGAUGGAAACAGAACGUGUAUAAUACAAAUAUAGAAGCAAAUAAGAUUCUCCUUUAGGGAUUCA